UCUUACUGCUGUAUCAUCUCCAGAAACUGUCACAGAAGCUUUCGAACGACAUCUAUAGUCAAGAUGCCUCAGCCAGCCUAUUUGACGGGCGACAAGGAAGGCAUUGACAAAUUCAUUGAUCAGUUCGACACUUUCCUCUUCGACUGCGAUGGCGUGCUUUGGUCUGGCGAUCACCUAUUUCCACGGAUACCAGAGACCAUAGAGAUGCUUCGGAGCAAAGGCAAGCAACUCGUCUUCGUGACAAACAACAGUACCAAGUCUCGCAGCGACUACAAGAAGAAGUUCGACAAGGUCGGCAUAAAAGCCAGCGAGGAAGAAGUCUUCGGCUCCAGCUACAGCGCCGCCAUCUACAUCUCCCGCAUCAUGAAACUACAACCGCCCAAGAACAAAGUCUUCGUACUCGGCGAGACGGGCAUCGAGCAAGAACUGGAAUCCGAGAACAUUCCCUACAUCGGCGGCACAGACCCUGCGUUCCGUCGAGACAUGACCGAAGAGGACUUCAAGCAUAUCGCAGACGGGUCGAUGCUCGAUAAAGACGUGGGCGUCGUAUUGACCGGCCUGGACUUCCACCCUAGCUAUUUGAAGUACGCUCUCGGAUUCGCCUACAUUCGCGCCGGAGCAGAGUUCUUGGCUACGAACAUCGACUCGACACUACCCAACGCAGGCUCUCUAUUCCCCGGUGCCGGAUCCACAAGUGCGGCAUUAUCAAAGGCAGCUGGUCGGGAACCUUUGGCGUUAGGCAAGCCCAGUCAGGCUAUGAUGGAUGCUGUGGAGGGCAAAUUUCAGUUCGACCGCAAGAAGGCGUGUAUGAUUGGUGACCGGCUGAACACGGACAUCCAAUUUGGCAUUGAGGGUGGUCUGGGAGGAACGCUGGCUGUGCUGACGGGCGUGAGUAAGAAGGAGGACUUUCUCGCUGAGGGUGCGGACGUUGUGCCGUCUGCAUAUGUGGGUCAACUUGGUGAUCUGCUGGGGUGA